CCUAAAUUUCAUCAUGUUUUCCCGGGUUUCGAACGAGAAACGGUAAACCUUCGCCAUGGUUGCGCCACCUCGAAGCCGUGGCCGGUAAAGCUUCGCCAUGGCUCUUCCUCCUCGAAUCCAUGGUGACCACUGCUCUUCGCAAGUUCGGAGCUCCAAGAGGCGGCGCCCCUUCAUUCUUCGUCACCACCUCCAGAGCCCGAAGAGGUAACGAACGUGAAGAACCUUAAUUGCUCGCUCCAUGGAGCAGCGUCUCAUCUUACUGCUCCAAUCCCCUCUACGCUCCUCGCAACUCAAACAAAUUAAUGCUCUCAUCGUCAAAUCACACCCCGAUCUCACCCCUCUCUUCCUUGGCGUUUUGUUGAAGCGUUCCAAUGUUGGCCAUGCCCAACGAACGUUCGACGCAAUUCCUCAACCAGAUUCCUACCUCUGUAACUCCAUCAUAACCACCUACUCCAAGCUCUCAAUGCAUAAAGAAGUCCUCAAAACCUUCUUCUCCGUUCACCAUAAGAAGACCCAGAUCUUAUUUCACUCUAUUCCACCCGUUCUCAAGUCAUGUGCUGCGUUAGCUGCAAGCAAUGAAGGAAAACAAGUUCACAGUUACAUUUUGAUUCACGGCUUCAGUUCCAAUGUGUUUAUUCGAACUGCUUUGAUAGAUUUCUACUCAAAAAAUGGUGACCUGGAUUCUGCUACAAGGGUCUUUGAUGAGAUCCCAGUUAAGGAUCCGGUUCCUAUCAAUUGUUUGAUAUCUGGGUAUUCAAAGUCUGGCAAUGUUCUGGCAGCAAGACGACUUUUUGAUGAGAUGACCCGGAGGACAUCAUCAUCAUGGAAUUCGAUGAUUACUUGCUAUGCACACCAUGGCAAUUUUGCUGAAGCUUUGAGAUUGUUUGAACGCAUGCACACUGAGAAUGUUCGGCCAAAUGAGAUCACUCUUGUGACAGUUUUGUCCAUAUGUGCGAAACUGGGCGACUUGGAAACAGGACUGAAGGUCAAGAAAUUAAUUGAAAAUAAUGAUUUGCGGAGGGACUUGAUUGUACAGACUGCAGUGUUGGAAAUGUAUGUCAAGUGUGGAGCUGUUGAUGAGGCACGUCAAGAAUUUGAUCGGAUGGAAUGCAGAGAUGUUGUUGCAUGGAGCUCCAUGAUUGCUGGUUAUGCUCAAAAUGGGAAAUCGAAUGAGGCUCUGGAGCUCUUCGAGAGGAUGAAGGCAGAGAAUUGUAAGCCAAAUGAAGUUACUCUUGUAAGUGUCUUGUCUGCAUGUGCCCAAUCGGGCUCUGUAGAAGUUGGAGAGCGUAUUGGAAAUUAUGUUGAGAGCCAAGGUUUUGCAUUGGGUGUUUAUGUGGGUUCAGCACUGGUUGACAUGUAUAGUAAGUGUGGGAAUAUAAAAAGAGCUCGUUGGAUUUUUAAUAGGAUGCAUCAAAGGGAUGUUGUUACUUGGAAUUCAAUGAUUGGAGGGCUGGCAUUCAAUGGGUUUGCAAAAGAUGCGAUUGAGCUCUAUCAAAUGAUGAUGGAAGAGAAUUUGAAGCCAAAUGAUAUAACUUUUGUUGCACUGCUGACUGCUUGUACUCAUGUGGGUCUAGUUGAUCAGGGACUCAAGUUUUUUCAUGGUAUGAAACCAAUCCAUAGUAUUGCGCCAAAAAUUGAACAUUGUGCUUGUAUAGUUGACCUCCUGUGCAGAUCUGGAAGGUUGGAAGAUGCUUAUAAAUUUAUUUGUGAGAUGGAAGUAGAGCCUAAUGCUAUCAUCUGGGGUACACUGCUGAGUGCUUGUAGAGUUCACUCAAAUGUUCGGCUUGCGGAGCUCUCAAUUGAAAAGCUUCUAGUGUUGGAACCAGAGAAUUCUUCUAAUUAUGUUCUUCUUUCCAGUAUAUAUGCUAAUGCAGGUAGAUGGGAAGAAGCAAGAAGGGUGAGGAAUUUAAUGAAGAGCAAAAAUGUCCAGAAGCUGGCUGCAUAUAGCUGGAUAGAAUUGGAGGGUAUAGUGCACAAAUUUCUGGUGGAAGACACCACUCAUCCAAAAUCUGAUGAGAUCUACAGCAUUGUAGAUGGAUUAGGCUUACAAUUGAAGUGGGUUGGCAAUGCUUCAAACUUCGAUUUAGAUAUUCGUGAUCUUUCAUAAUGGAUGGCCCACAGAUGUCAAAUGGAAAAGCUGUGACAAGGAAGUGAUAAUUGUUACGCUCAACUUACUCAAGAUGGCCCACAGCUUUUGCUUUUCUGCAAAGAAAAUUUGGUUUGACAUCAAUAUGAAAACAGAGCUUCGGCCUUUGCAUUGCUCUUCCUAGCUUCAAGAUUUUCAACCGUGACCUUUAGCUUUUGCCCCUUAAGGAGGGACUUCCGCAUACUAAAAUAUGAAGCGCAAGUUCAACUUGUAUCUUUUAAGAGUAACCAGUUCAAAUUUUAUGAUCAAUCUUUUGUAACAAUUCCAAAACAUCACAUAAAAGGUGAGAGAACGCUUGGAUUCUGUUAGCCAUGCUGUCACAUUAUGUUAAUUAUAUUCAAGAGGACAACUGGUCCCAUUUUUUGAUUCUAGAAAA